AUGUCACCACACGCACUGUCCGAACAUGAAGAGUGUGAGACCUCAUGUACUGAGCACCGAACCGAGGCCCCGACACUGACUGCUAACCCUGUCACAAACGCCAGCCACUCCCUUUGGAAGACUGCCAGCGACGAAGAGAUUCAGGAUCUAAUUUGCGUCGGCUUUGGUCCAGCUUCUCUUGCUAUAGCAAUCGCUCUGAACGAUGCUCUUGAAGUUGUUCGACCACACUUAUGUACGUCUUCACCGAAAGUACGCUUCCUCGAGCGACAGGCACGAUUUGCUUGGCACGCCGGUAUGCUUCUACCUGGCGCCAAGAUGCAGAUCACAUUCGUAAAGGACCUGGCCACUCUACGCAACCCACGCAGCGAGUUCACGUUCCUCAAUUAUCUUCACAAGAAGAACAGAUUGGUUCAGUUCACAAACCUUGGCACAUUUCUUCCUCAACGCAUCGAAUACGAGAACUACAUGAGGUGGUGUGCCAACCACUUUGGCGAUGUGGUCGACUAUAAUCGUGAUGUCCAAUCUAUCGAAGCAGGAUCGACUUGUCCAAGGACAGGCGCUAUUGAGCACUUCAGGGUGACCUCGACCGACAGCACUACGGGCCACUCUACCACCCUCAAAGCUAGGCAUGUGGUGAUUGCGGCAGGUGGAAAGCCCAACAUACCGGCAGCAUUACCGUCGAAUCAUCCUCGAAUCAUUCAUUCAUCACAAUAUGCCACAACUGUAUCGCAAAUGUUCUGCAACGGACAGCAGCCAAGAUCGGUAGCUGUCAUUGGUGCAGGCCAGAGUGCUGCCGAGGUCUUCAACAACAUACCCUCCCGCUUUCCGGAUGCCAAGUCGUACCUCCUCAUUCGAGGAUCUGCGUUACGACCCAGUGACGAUUCCCCUUUCGUCAACGAGGUGUUCGACCCAGAUCGAGUGGACGAUAUCUAUUCUCAGGAUCCCGCUGUCCGAGCGCAAGAGAUCGCCCGCGAUAAGGCCACCAACUAUUCUGUUGUACGCUUGGAACUCCUCGAGCAUAUCUAUAGCAUGCUCUACUCAUAUCGGAUCCAGUAUGACAGUGAGGAAGAAUGGCCACAACAAAUUCUGAACCACCGCACUGUCACUGGGGUUGAAGACUGUGAAGUCGAUGGCCGAGCAGCAUUGACGUUACACAUUCAGAACGACUCCAACACCUUCAAGCAACGAAAGAACGCUAGUAUCGACGAGCUGGUGGUCGACUUCAUCGUCGUAGCGAGUGGUUACAGACGAGAUGCGCACGAAGACAUGCUACGGGGGCUACAACAACUCAAGCCGGAUGGUCACAAUCGCUGGAACGUCCGGAGAGAUUAUGGUGUGCAGUUCGUGGACGGCAGCGUCAAGUCCAAUGCCGGUGUAUGGUUGCAAGGUUGCAACGAGCAGACGCAUGGUCUUUCUGAUUCACUACUGUCGAUACUGGCUAUACGCGGCGGAGAGAUGGUGGAAAGUAUCUUUGGUGGAGCAGCUACAAGCAAAUGA